UCUUGUGACCGAGGAGGAGGAGAAAGCUCCCGGUCCACUCGUCCUCGCAGUUUCCUUUUGCAGUCAGUCCUACAAGCAGUCGGGUGCUACCGGUGUGCCCGGGACCGUGGACUUAUUUUACCCCGGGAAUCGGAAUCGGACACCAACAAACUAUCCCAGAAGAUGUUCUUCUUUCUGCUACCUGUCGUGGCUCUCUUGCUGAGCAGAGAAACAGCCGUCUCCGGUAACAGUAACGACAAAUGGCUGAGCACCGGGGCUCAGUACAACAAGGACAGAUCCUGGAACAGAUUCAGAGAUGAAGCAGAGGAUGACUACUUCAAAAGCUGGGCUCCUGCCAAGUCUCUAGACCAGGGCCCAGACGCCACAAAGGAUCCCUGUUUGAAAGUGCGCUGCCCUCCUCACAAGGUGUGUGUCAGCCAUGACUACCAGACAGCCAUCUGUACCAAUCACAAGCAGCCAGCUCACAGUGUGAAACCUAGGAAAGGCAGUGCAGGCCACAAGCAUAGGCUUGAAGCAGGUGCUCAUGGGAAAUGUAGGCUCUGCUCAGCCCUCCAAUCAACACCUGUGUGUGGAUCUGAUGGACACACCUACUCCUCCAAGUGUAAGUUGGAGUUUCAGAGCUGCCUAUCUGGAAAGACAAUCUCAGUAAAAUGCGAUGGGCUGUGUCCCUGCUUGCCCAAUCAGGAGCUUAACAAACCACCCCGCAAGACUGACAUGGCUGCGUGCACUGACACAGAGCUUCACAGUCUGGCUGCCAGACUGAAGGACUGGUUCGGAGUUCUCCACCUCGAUGCCAACAGAGACCUCAAAUCCUCUGACAGCUCUGACUCCGCUAUUGGACACUUUGACACCAGCAUCUUGCCCAUCUGUAAGGACUCACUGGGCUGGAUGUUCAACAAGCUAGACAUGAACUUUGACCUCCUGCUGGACCAGUCAGAGCUGAGUGCUAUCUACCUGGACAAAUAUGAGCUGUGCAUGAAACCCCUGUUCAACUCCUGUGACUCUUUUAAGGAUGGCAAGCUGUCAAACAACGAGUGGUGCUACUGCUUCCAGAAACCUGAAGGGCUGCCUUGCCAAACUGAGAAGAGCAGGACCCAGAAUCAGAGUCGAAGGAAGAGCAUCAUAGGCUCGUAUAUUCCUCGCUGUACAGAGGAGGGCUACUUCAAACCCACCCAGUGUCACGGUAGCACCGGCCAGUGUUGGUGUGUGGACAAAUACGGCAAUGAGAUUGCCGGCUCCAGAAAACAAGGCAACCCCAACUGCGAUGAGGACCAAGAGACUUCAGGGGAUUUUGGCAGUGGCGGUGCAGUCAUUCUCCUUGAUGACCAGGAAGAGGAGCCAUCACAGAGCGGCAGAAGCAGGCAGAAGAAGAGACGGGGCCGGAUCCACCCCAGAGGAGCCAUUGAGGAUGAUGAGGACGAGGAAGAUGAUAAGGAUGAUGAGAUGGGCUAUGUUUGGUAGUUGCAUUCCAUGUUACUCUGCUAUCAGCCGACCAGGAAACUCCGUUAACUCAGCACAGAUCUGAAGCCAUUCCAAUGUCUCCUCCUCCAUUUACCUUGGCAGCAGUCUAUCUUUUGGCUCCUGAACUUACUCUUGUAAUCCUUGUCACUUAUCCACAUGCCUCUCUUCAGUGAACCUCAUCUGACCUCUUUCUUUUCAAGUGUUUUGCUUUUUUUCCUCAGAGAGAAAACAGAGCAUUAUAUUUCAGCAACACCUGUCAAGACCCUGUUAGAAUUCUGCUCAAACUGUCCGCUUUCUGCUUCCCAAACCUGCAGUCCUUAAUCUCUUCUAACAUGGAUACUUCUGUUCACUCUGUUACUCUUUCUAUAUCCUUUUGCUUGUCCCUCACCUACAGACAGGUGACAAAUUAAAGGAACAACCUAAAUAAAUGAGUGGUCUCUUCCAGGAUGACAGGGACUCCAUCCA